AUGAAAACCGUGUUGAUUACCGGAUGCAGCGAUGGCGGUAUCGGCUCUGCCCUGGCCCUCGAGUUCCAGAAGAACGGCUUUAUGGUCUUCGCUACAGCAAGAACAGUUUCGAAGAUGACAGAGCUCCAGGGGACCCCUGAUAUUCACUUGCUGCAGCUCGAUGUAACAUCGUCGACUGACAUACAAUUUACCCUCGAGACAGUAACAAAAACAACCGGUGGAAAACUUGAUGUUCUAGUCAACAACUCUGGCCAGCAAGUCGUCGUUCCAAUGCUUGAAAUGGAUACGAACGACGGACGCAAGCUGUUUGACGUCAACUUCUGGGGUGUAUAUGACAUGAUUCAAGCCUUCACGCCGUGUUUGAUGGAGGCCAAAGGAACAAUUGUCAAUGUAUCGUCAAUUUGUAGCUAUCUUUACACUUCUUUCAUGAGUGUCUACAACGCAUCAAAAGCCGCUCUCACAAUGUUUGGCGAGACUCUGCUCCUGGAGUUGCUUCCUUUGAACAUCAACGUUGUCACAGUCAUCACCGGAGCGAUCGAAACAAAUAUAAUGAAGAACAGCCCAGCCCCCGUCCUACAUGAGUCGCUUCCAUAUUUCAAGGCCCUGGAGCAGAUCACAAAGCUGUCUGCUGGAGAUGACGGUGUCAAGCGAAUGAAGAGGGAGGAAUUUGCGAGGAAAGUGGUCGGAGAUGUACUUCUAGGUACUGGUGGAAAGGUAUGGAGAGGGGCUUCUGCUUCGGCCACUCGCCUAGCAUCGCUCCUUGCGCCUUCUUGGGUGUUGGAUAGUAUUUUGUCCAAGACAAGUGGCUUGGCAACUCUCCUCUAG